AUGAAGCUUGCAAAUAGUAGCUGGUUUCAGCCACCUGCUCUUCUUCUGACAGGCAUCCCUGGACUGGAGGCUGUGCAGAUAUGGAUCUCUAUCCCACUGUGUGUCAUGUACCUAAUUGCCCUCCUUGGGAACUGUACUAUUCUCUUUAUUAUUAAAACUACCUCUAGUCUUCAUGAGCCUCAAUACAUAUUCCUGUCCAUGCUAGCAGCUACAGAUGUGGGUCUGUCGUUGUCUACUAUGCCUACUGUUCUCAAUGUAUUCCUCCUGAACCACAGAGAGAUCGAGUUCCAUUCUUGCCUGACACAGAUGUUCUUCAUCCACACCUUCUCCUCUAUGGAGUCAGCCAUUCUGCUUGCCAUGGCCUUUGACCGGUUUGCAGCUAUUCACAACCCACUGCACUACACUGUGAUUCUAGCUCCUCCCCGGAUUAUUGGGAUGGGACUUGCAGCUGUGACGAGGGGUGUGCUGUUGAUGGUACCCUUGCCAAUUCUGCUUAAGCGUUUGCCCUUUUGCAAGGGUGUCAUUCUGUCCCACUGUUACUGCUACCACCCUGACAUCAUGAAGCUGGCUUGUGGCUCCGUCAGAGUCAACAUUAUUUAUGGGUUAUCUCUUGUCCUUUGUUCCUUUGGAGUCGAUUCUGUGUUUAUUGUCAUCUCAUAUAUCUUGAUUUUGAGAACAGUCCUGGGUAUUGUCUCAGAACAUGGCCAGGUCAAGGCACUUAACACUUGUGCUUCUCAUAUCUUCACAGUCAUUAUCUUUUAUGUGCCUCUCAUUGUUUUGGCCCUAAUUCAUAGGUUUGGUACAUUCUCAUCCCGGCUUCUCCAUGUCACCAUGGCCAAUCUCUUUCUCUUUUUGACUCCUGUCCUAAACCCAUUGGUGUAUAGUUUAAAAACCAAGCAGAUAAGAUCAGCUGUAAAUAAGAUAUUCAACUUCAGAGGAAAUUUAUUCAAGUAG